CCAUUCCCCACGCGGUAGCGGGUGAGACUCGUGGACACCCUGGGGGAGCAGGGCGCCGCGGUCUCCGCCCACUUUGCCUCUCCCGUGCAGGCAGAGAUGUCGUGGAAUGGCUGGUUCAGAAGUUCUGCAUCUCCGAGGAGGGUGAGAGUCAAGGCACACCGCGAAUCGGGGAGUGUGGAAGGGGAGGCUAGCGGAGCGCUUACUUUUCGUUCUCAUCAGAGGCCCUGCACCUGGGCACACUCCUGGCUCAGCAUGGCUACAUCUACCCACUGCGUGAGUCCCGAGACUUGACGCUCCAUCCCGAUGAGACGCCCUACAGGUUCCAGGUCAGGCCCAGGGUAGCAGGGUGCACCACCACCAGGGGAGGUGUGGGGCUUACUGGGGUUGGAGCGGGGACAUUGAGACAUACUAGACAGGACCCACACCCUCCCCCAAAAGAUCUGGACAGAAGCAAGUCAAGGGAGCUUCAACUUUCUAGGGCUGCAGCAGCCGUGCAAAGGGCAAUGUGCGGAGCAUUCAGCUGGAGUCCAGCAGCAGGUCCCAGCCUUGAAAGAUAAUCUGCUGAUGUUAGGGGCCCUGCACCUCCCUCCAUGUGUGAGUCCAGGCCACCCCACGCUCAGACCAUGACCACAUCCUUGGGUUAUCAGGCUCCACUUCUUCCCCAAUCAGCUGGGGAGGUAUUCAGAGUCACGGAAGCGGUCCCUUUACAAGACCCCAAGGAACAAAGUGGCCUCUGCUCCAGGUAGAAAGAUUGGGCAGUGGUCAGCGGGAGCUUCCAGAUCAGGAUGCACCCUCUGAGGAGCCAUAGAUAGGAACCAUAAGGUAGUAGGGAGUAACUGGGAGAGAGAUGAGAAGGUCUUGGACAUCAUUUUCCCUGCACAAGACACCCUACUUCUGGACAAGCACUCUGUGGCCAGCUGCUGAGCUGGACUAUGCCAUCUACCUGGCUAAGAAGAACAUCCAAAAACAAGGGGCCCUGGUGGACUACGAGAAGGAACAUUAUGCCCAGCUGCACAAGAAGAUCAACCAUGCCUGGGAUCUAGUAGUGAUGCAGGCUCGAGAGCAGCUGCGGGCAGCAAAGCAGCGCAGGAAGGGAGACAGGCUGGUCGUUUCGUGUCAGGAGCAGACAUACUGGCUAGUGAACAGGCCCCCUGUGAGUCCGCGUGUGGUGAGGGCAGAGUUCUCCUGGUCGUCAAAAAGGGUCUGUCCUGGGGCACCAAACAUUCUGGAGCAGGGUCCUGAGAGGGGCUCUUACAACUCCAGCCGAGUACAGAUGAGCUCGGAUUUCUAUAAGUGUGAGAUCGAGCGCUUCAGGAAGGCACUGGGCAGGAACCGGGUGAAGUCUUCUGUCUGCCUUGAGGCGUACCUGAAGUUCAGCAGCCAGCAUGGCCCGCACGAUCCCAUCUUGUCAGGAUGCCUGCCCAGCAACCCUUGGAUCACAGACGAUGUCACCUACUGGGCCAUGAAUGCGCCCAAGGUGGCUGCCCCCACAAAGCUCCGUGUGGAGCGAUGGAGCUUCAGCUUCCGGGAGCUCCUGGAUGACCCCGUGGGGCGUGGCCACUUCAUGGACUUUCUCCAGAAGGAGUUCAGCGCGGAAAACCUCAGCUUCUGGGAGGCUUGUGAGGAGCUGCGCUUUGGCGGGCAGGCCCAGGUCCCUGCCCUGGUGGAUGCUGUCUACCAGCAGUUCCUGGCCCCUGGAGCUGCCCGCUGGGUCAACAUUGACAGCCGGACAAUGGAGUGGACCCUAGAGGGGAUGCGCCAGCCACACCGCUAUGUCCUCGAUGCGGCCCAGCUGCAUAUCUACAUGCUCAUGAAGAAGGACUCCUACCCGAGGUUCCUGAAGUCUGACAUAUACAAGGGCCUGCUGGAGGAAGCUGUGAUUCCACUGGAGACAAAGCGCUGGGCAUUCCCAUUCUUGCGGAAACCUCUGCACUCAAGCCCCAGCCCUGUUCUUCAAUCUACCCCUGAGGAGCCUGCAGUGACCAGCAUCCCUGCAGGUGGCAACGGGGAGCAGUAAUUGGAUCUUGCCAGUCACCUCACUUUACCUGUGGGGUCAUGCUCUCCUGGACACUGGUAUCGCCCUGUGUAGAGAGCCCAGCCUAACUAUAAGGCCCUUGGGCCUCCACUAAGGAAAUCCUCCCCUGCCUAGAAGGGACUGGUCCAGCCACUGAUUCCUAGUGAAGAGAUUUCAUUGGCUGAGCCCUACCAGGACAGGACUUGUUCCUAGAAGGUAAUUCUCAGAGUUCCUGGUAUUCUGUCAUCUUAAGUUCAAGACUAGGUGGCCAUCUCUUCUCUAGAAUGCCAAGUUAGUGACCCAUGAAGAGAUACUGGUCUCCGGUUAUGCCAUCCUAUUCAGGAGGGCUCCACCACUGUGUGGGUUCCUUGUUCUGCUGGAGCUUCUUAGUAGACAGUAUCUGCAGGUACCACAUUCACCACUGUACAUGGCUUCUCUUCCACCCGUUACCAGAUCUGUAGAAAAGCAAUUCCAUGCUGCUGUCCUGGUUGUGAUGCUUCCAGAACCCCUAGGGAAGGUCUUUGCCAAGGAACAGUCUCCCUCUCCAGGCUGCCCCAAGCCGCUAGCAUUGCCAUCCCUGCCCCAGAGCUAGAAACAGAUGCCUCCUUCUGCCAUGCAGCUCCCACCAGGGUUGUCCCCCAGUCUCUGCUCACAACUCAUUUCUACAGAAAUAAAAGAUUCAAGCCCUUGCA